AUAAAAGCGAACCUCAUUGAGUUCUUCGUCAGUUCGUUCAAGUUUUUUCACUACAACACAACUUGUUUGAGUGGGAAGCUCAAACUUAUCAUCUGACACAAAUAAACAGGUUUUCAAAAUGAAAGCUAUCUUUGUGAUUCUCGCCGUGGCGAUAGUGUGCGUUGCAGCUGAGGAGAAAUAUACCACAAAAUAUGAUAAUAUUGAUAUUGAUGAAAUCUUGAAAUCAACUCGACUUUUCGAUAAUUAUUUUAAAUGUCUGAUCGAUACGGGCAAGUGUAGUCCUGAAGGCCGAGAGCUUAAGAGAUCCCUGCCAGAUGCUUUGAAAACCGAGUGCAGCAAGUGCAGCGAGAAACAGAAGAUAAAUACGGACAAAGUUGUGCGCUUUAUCAUCGACAAGAAGCCUGAAGAAUGGAAGCAGCUGCAAGCCAAAUACGAUCCUGAGGAUCUAUACAUUAAGCGUUACAAGGAGCGUGCAAACAAAGCCGGCAUUAAUGUUUAGAUCAAUUUUAUCAUCAUAGUGAAAAAUCAAAUCUCAGUUUGAAUAGAUGAAAAUAAUUAGUCGACUAUAAUAAAGACCUAUAAUAUAUGUGGUAA